CUGGUUUUAAAGAAAUCAGAUAUUGCUUAUGCAGUUGCUUUAACUGAAGUGUCAGGAGGCAAUGCUCCAACACCUGAUGGCAAUACGACAGAUGCUGAACAUGCUGUCGUGAACGCUCUUGAUGAAGAUGAAGGUGUUGGCGUGUUGCCGCCUAGGUCGCCUAAUUGUCGUCUAGGCAUCAUGGCGUUACAUUGGCGCCGGGCCUCGCCUUGGUGCCGUGACAACUAUGGCGUAAGCAAUGAGACGGUGUAUUGUAGCAAGGAGAUAUGUUUGGUUGUAGGUUUAGAUUCGAUGGAACACUACUAGAUUGAGAUAUACUCCCUUCCUCCCAAAAAAAGGCUUUUGGUUUG